AUGAAGUACCGCUGCGGGCCGACGAGGGCGGGCGUGCACUCCACAGUGAUGCUCAACGCCUCCAGCGCCCGCACCGCACCAUUGCGUGGGAUAAAUUUGAAGUGCGCAUCUAGCGUCCGUGCAGAGGCGGCAAAAGACGAGGAGAGGGAGCCCGCACCAGCGAGGGCGCCGGCAGGACCCCCACCGCUGCUGUUGCUGCUGCAGCAGCGCACGGGCUCCAAUACGACAAUCGACGUGUUGGAAGUGGCGCGCACGAGAAUAGUAAACUUGUGCCCCUCAAACGGAACGCAGUGCGUCACAAGCGCCAUAGGGCACCGCAUAAAUGUGGCAGGCACCACACCGUCACCAAUCUCGAGUGAGAUAGACGAUGAUGGCGCCAUCGGUGACGCAAAGGACGUCAUUAACUCAUUACUGAGCGAGUGCGCCAUAUCAUUGAGGGGCGGCGCUAACGAUGGGACCACAGCAGACAUGUCUUGUGUCACCACUGCAGAUCCAGCUUUCGUCGUUCCCGAUACUGUCAGCGCAAACGAUGCUGCUGUUGGCAUUGCCGUUCCCAUUGCUGCUGCUGCUGUUUUUGUUGCCGCUGAAGUGAAGCCCCCAUCCGGCUCACCCUCCAUGCGCACGAGUGUGAUGUCGACGGGGAUCUCACGGUUUGCCUCCUUGUCCUUGGUCUCGUAUAGCAAGAAGGUGACGGUGCCGCUCUGCGCCAGUGGAAUACACUCCACCGUCCGCGUACACGUGAGGCCCAGCACAACACUGACCGACUCACCGGCAUUCAUCUCAGGCAGAGCGAUGCCGUCACGCAACAGAAGCGAGAGCAGUUCCGCGUGCUGUAGAAGACGCGUUUUCGGCUUUGCCGGUGUCGCUUCGUCUUCACUCUCGGAGAGCGAGGUGUACAGCCGCAACGGCUGCUGUUGUUGUUGUUGCUCACUAUUGUUACCACCGCCACCGCCGUUGUUGUUGCUGUUGUUGUUGGUGUCGUCGUUCGUUUGUGGUGUGGCGUUGAGGUCAACCUCCUCACCCAUGAGGGCCCGCUUCAGCGCAUCGAUCUGGCGCAUCGCCGCCUCCAUCUUAUCUGUCUUGUUCUUGCGGCGGUAA